AUGAUUGUGAAAGCAGAUGACAUUAGCUACCUUCUACUGACAAUAAGAAUCAGCAAUAAGGGGAGUCUUGUAGGAGCCGCAGCGACAGACGGCGCCGCGCACCAACCCGGCGCCGCCUGGCAGAAGCCGCGCAGAGGCUGGCCCGAGCGCGUUGCAGCGGCAAGGCGUAGGGGGAGUCGGGUAGCAGCAUCCUCCCGGGCUCCGCUUUCGUGCGGCGGCGGCGGCGGCAGUAGCGGCGGCGGGGGCUUCCUCUGCCCCAAUACCUCGUUGGGCAGAGCCGCUGGUGCCGGGGGCGCGGCGGGCAAGGGUGCUCUGCGGCCUCGGGCUCCUUUGCCGAGAGCCGUGUGUACCAGAUCCUUCCGGGCCAGUCAGAGGCUGUGGAGCGGCGGGGACAGCUGGCAAUGCCCGCCCAGGCAUCCUCUGAGUGAUGGAAGAAGCGGCUGCUGCCGCCGCCACCGCUGCAGGGUCGCGCUGCGCCCCAUCCACCGCCGCCAGAGAAAUGGGAAGAUUCGGGGCGCAGAGGCCGAGAACGAGAGAGGCGGAGCUGCUUUGCCAGGAGCUGGGUCCCGUAUAAGGCCCCUCCCGCCCCCCCUCCUCCGGAGGGCUUCGUCCUCUGGAGCGAGGAAGGAAGCUGCGGUCCCGAGAAGGCGGAGGAGACGCAGCUGGAGCCGAACACACGGGGCUCAGCCCAGCGCGAAGCAGAGCUCCGGGCCCGGCGAAAGUUUCCCUUUCCGAGCCGCAGGGCUCCCGUUGCUCGGAAACUCUGUUCAGGGCUUGGGCUGCCGAGUCCCGCGGCCCUCUCGGAGGCACGGGGACCCCCAGCGGAAGACAGCGCUCGAGAAAUCGAGGAACGAGUAAUAGCAGGACAGAGCGCCGGGCCAGAAUCCGGGGCAGCUCCAGGUCGCGCCCGCGGCUCCAGGUUCUUCUCGGAGCCGCUGCCAUGGGAGAGCCAGCUCUCGGCGCAGGGGACCAGACGCCGCUGUUGCCGCGCCCUCCUCGGAGCCGCGGCCCGA